UUGGACAGAAAAAUACGGUUCCCCUUCGUACAAAAGGCAGACUCGAUGCAGCUCUUCAGCAGGCGGAGGAUGCAGAGAAGGAAAGGUGGGGAAACGAAAAACCUCCCAGACAACCAUUACCGGAGGGAUUCUACGAGUCCGUGUUUAACGCAACGUGGAGUCACGUCAUGGGAUUUCCUGAGGGCGAAGGGGAAGACAUGGUGGUGAUAGAGGGCCAACGGCCACAAGAGUUAUGGGAGUACACGCAGACUGUGUGUACUUUUCUCCCAGUGGGUGGUGAAGAGCAAUUCCAUCCACCACGCCCACGACUCAUGAUCCUUUCCUCUGAACAGCGAUGGCCGUACUCGCUGGAGCAUGCAGUGCCUAUUACCGACUGCUACAUUAACAUUGAGGUGCAUCGGGUGUGGAAGAUCGUCGAGGGUGAUCUAAAAGGAGUGUUUCCCCCUCCAGAGAGAGGCCCACCAUACAUGAGACGCCGUCUUUUGGUUGGAACCCCCGGGAUAGGGAAGUCAAUGGCGGCUGGCUCCUACCUCCUUUACCAGCUGCUGCACUACGACGCCACGACGCUCCAUGUGGUUGUGUACUGCUUUGGAAGGGAUUUCGCAUACUUGUUUGACAGGAGGGCACGAACGGUGACAGAAUACGAGGGUGAGCGUAAUAUUAGAAGGGCUAUGAUAAAUUUGGCUAGGACUGGAAUGAAAGGGUAUAUCAUCAUCGAUAUGGCAAGACAACUUCAAGAACCAUCGAAUGAUUUUGUGCCCUCCCCUGAGUGGGGCAUCAUUAUGUUGUCGUCCCCGAACGAAGAUAACUUCAAAGCAUGGGCGAAGCAGGUGGGUGCUAUCGAAAUCAUCAUGAAUUGCCCCGAUGAAAACGACGUGAAGGCGAUGUGUGCGUGGGGGACACGCAAUACGACUGAAGAGGAGCAGGCGGAGUAUUGGAGAAGCAUGUACAUGCGCAUGCAUGACGUCGGACCGAUUCCACGAUGCAUCUUUAAUGACAAUAAAUAUAGAAAGCGCGUGCGUGAUGCCAAUAACGUCCUGGAAGGUAUCGACGCCUCAAAUGCUAAACAUUAUAAGAGGGUUGGAGGUAAGGAAAUGUGCCCCUCGAAUGACGCUUCUCACAAACUUGUGAAAGUUGUCAGGUUAAUAACACAAGGCGACGUUGAGGAGUUUGUUAACAUGCCGGCCUGUUUUUCCAUUGGAAGCGAAUUAAUUGCAAAGUUGCUCGAGGUGGAUGAGAAGAAUGACAUUUUUUUUCGACUAAGCAAGAACUAUAAAGUGUUAUUUCCGGAACUUUUGGAGCAGCAUACUCUGCACGCAUUCCUGAGUAGAGUCUUUGUGGAAAAUAUGAUGCUGUGCCUCAAGGAGUUGCCUCCACCAGGACCUCGUCAGCGACAAAGAUGUGUGCUGCAAUCGAACCCCGAAAAACAUCCAAGCAGACCCGUUGCAUUAAUAGCGCUGGGCCACACUCCUCCGAGGUUGGAUGCACAAUACGAGGUGCUAUACCUACCGAAUAGUAGAAAUUUUCCGCUUGUGGACGGUUUUUUCUUCGUUGGCGCACCGCGGAGGACGAUGGUUGGGGUGCAGGUGACAACGAGGGCUGAGCAUGACACCAGAGCCAGCACGGUGAGGCGGUUCAACAAUCUUCUACGGAAUUAUUUUAAUGACUGGGAAACUUUUGCGGAAGGCUUGUCGUGGGAGAUUAUUUACGUGCAGCAUGAGGGCAGUACGGUAAUAAACGCGUGGCAGAAAUGCGUUGUCGUCGCGCACGCAAAUGUAACGGGCAGCAAUGAGCCUGAGGAUCCUCAGGCCAUUGCGGCAUUUUGGAAUCAGCAGGUGCGUCAGUACCAGGUAACGCUAUCAUAUGAAAAUUUUAUACAUGAACGACAAACGCAACGUGGGCGACACCCAGAGGGACAAGGAAAAGGAGGAGGGGAAUAA